AGAAGGCGGCUUGCAAGGGGAGGGGGUGGUUUGCUAUACAGGGUAAUUCCUUAUUUGGUGAGGAUACAGCAGGGCCAGGUGUUGGUUGGUCUGUUGUGGGGCGUAAGCCCAUUUUCCCUUCCCAUCAGCCCCAUUGUUUUCUGGGCAGGAAUUUAGAGUCUCUUGUUGAUUCCCAGAACAGGUGAGGUCGUUAUGUCCCAAUGCCUCUCCUACCUCAUACUGGUCGAUGUUUUCUCUUACCCCCCGGGCCUCCUUUCACCCGGGCCAACAGAUCUUACACGACCUAGGUGACUGUUGGGGCCCCCCAGAUCCUGACCCGAAUCCUCAAGCCUCCAAUGAGGGUCUCCUGUUCAGGGCACUGCGGUUCAGGCCUCUGUCUCCAGAACUUUAGGUGUGCGUGUGUGGUGGCCCUAUUUCUGACAGGCCGUAUGGAGAGUGUUAAAGGCUGGGGGCUUGGCACGUGCAAAUCCUUGGAGAGUCACAAGAGCCGGGAACAUUCUGGAAACCUGGGGUUGGAGUCCCUUCUUCAGAGACGUGGCAUUAUGGAGGAGUCAUAUGAGCCCUUCUGGGCCAACAGUCGGCAUUUUGGAAGUCAUGGAGGGUUGUGAAUAAAUCAGGAAGACACACUGAGUUAGUUUUAAAGUAUUUCAGAGGCUGCUCAGGGGAGAACAGACUGGGAAGGGGGAGCUGAGGGUGGAGGCAGGGAGACCUGGGAGAGCCUAGUGCAUUCCACUCCAGAGAGUAAGUUGGUUUCUGGACCAGACUGGUGCCUAUGGAAGUUAUUGACCUGAAACAAAUAGCCUCCCAGCUAUUUCUUCUGCAAAGAUGAGUUUUUUUCGGGAUCAUCAGGGAAUUGCAAUUGAGAUGUGCGGCCAUGAUGAACUAACACUUUUAUAGAGAUUAAAGAGGGAAGUUAGAAGGGCUAUAGUCACCAGAGUCCAUGGCUUUUCAUUGCCUGAGUCCUUUCCAGGAGAGAAGAGAGUCGUCUUCUUCCUUUUGGAUACUGUUAUUGUCUCAGGUUCCCAUGGUGGCAGCAGCAUUUAUGGUCCCUGGACAGGGCCAUGUGAUCUUUGAGGAUGUGGCUGUGUCCUUCUCCCAGGAGGAGUGGGGUCUCCUUAAUGAUGCUCAGAGACUCCUGUACUGUGACGUGAUGCUGGAGAACCUGUCACUUAUAGCCUCCCUGGGGUGUUGGUGUGCAGUAGGUACUGAGGAGGCUGCUUCUGAACAAUGUGUUUCUGUAGAACUAGUGACACAAGACAGGAAUCCAAAUCCAGACCCAUCUAUCCUGAAGACUCUUACUUCGGAUAUGGGUGCCCUGGUAGAGAAAUGUGUUUUGUACCUGACUGAGCACGAAGGAGUGCAUUCUGGGCUGAAACCAUCCUCUUCUGGGGCCUGUGGGAAAAUGUUCACUUCUCACCUACAACAUCACCAGAAGCAGCCCAGUGGAGAGAAACACCUCAGAAGCGAGGAAAAUGGAGCCUUGCUUAUGACGAGCUGCAAAGUCUUUUUACCCAACAAUAUGUUCACAUGCGGAGAGGUUGAGAAGGCAUUCCUAAGAAGCUUGGGCUUUCCCCAUCACCAGCCGUCCCACGAUGGAGAGCAUCCAGGUAGAAGCAGGCAGAGCAGGGAGGUCUCUCACCCUGGGCAAGGGCAUUAUGAGUGCAACGAAUGUGGCAAAGCCUUCAGUAAGAAGUAUAAAUUCAUGGAGCACCUGAGAGUUCACACUGGUGAAAAACCUUAUGAGUGCAGUGACUGCGGGAAGUUCUUUAGACUCACCUCCAGUCUUACUCACCAUAGGAAGGUUCACAUAGGAAAAAGUCUUCAUGAGUGCCCUAAUUGUGGGAAAGUGUUUGCCCACAAAUAUAAACUUGUUGAGCACCAGAGAAUCCACACUGGAGAAAGACCCUAUGAGUGUAAUCAAUGUGGGAAAGCUUUCCUUCAAAAGGAUACACUUGUUAGGCACCAAAAAGUCCACACUGGAGAAAAUUCUCAUAAGAGCAGUGAAUGUGGGAAGCCCUUCCUUUACAGAAAAAAUCUUGUGCAUCAGAGGAGAAAAGAAAAGCCUUAUGAGUGUAGCAAAUGUGGGAAGUCAUUCGUCUUCAAAAAAAGGCUUCUUGAUCACCAGCGAAUCCACACCGGAGAAAAGCCUUAUAUGUGCAGUGAAUGUGGGAAAGCCUAUGUCUACAAAGGAAGUCUUGUUGUGCAUAAGAGAAGUCAUACUGGAGAAAAGGCUUAUGGAUGUAAAUGUGGGAAGUUCUUUACAAGCAGCUCUGCCCUCAGUAAACACCAGAAUGUUCACACUGCAGAAAGGCCUUAUGAGUGCAGUGAAUGUGGGAAAGCUUUCAAGGUCAAAAUUAAACUUGUUGAGCACCAGAGAAUCCACACUGGAGAAAAACCCUAUAAGUGUAAUCAGUGUGGGAAAGCCUUCAAGCUCAAGUAUUCACUUGUUCGGCACCAAACUGUCCACACUGGAGAAAAGCCUUUUAAUUGCAAUGAAUGUGGCAAGCCUUUCAGUUACAAAACAAGUCUUCUUGAGCACCAGAGAAUCCACACUGGAGAAAGGCCUCACACAUGCAAUAAAUGUGGGGAAGGCUUUGUCUACAGAAGAAGUCUUGUUGUCCACCAGAGAAUCCACACUGGAGAAAGGCCUUAUAUGUGCAGUGAAUGUGGAGAAGCCUUUGUCUAUAGAAGAGGUCUUAUUGCCCACCAGGGAAUCCAUACUAGAGGAAAACCUUGAGUGUAGUUCUUUGCAGGCAGCUCCAGGCUCAUAAAAAACAAGAAAGUUCACACUGGAGAAAUGCCCUCCAGACUUAAGCUUUCCUUCACUUGAGUUAAUAUCUAGCAGCAUAUAGAGUAGGUGUCAUAGAGUAAGUGAAAAUUUAACUUACGUGGAGCCAAACUUUCGUAGACUGGUAGUAUCCUGUUACAGUCUUACCAGAAGCACCAGAACGUGAGUUCCUGUUCUUUACGUUCUUAUCAACACUUGGUAUGGUCAGGCUUUCUAACUUCAGUGAUGUAAGAGGUGUAUAGUGGUAUCUAGUGAUUUUAACUAGUAUUUCCCUAUUGACAUGAUGUUGAGUGGUUUUUCAUGUGAUAAUUUCAUUCAUAGUUUUUUGAAAUUUCUGUUUAUAUGAUUUGUCAUCUUAAUUACUGAGUUUUGACAUUUGUUCAUGGAUUAUUGAUUAAGGUUCUCUAAUGGAAAUAUCUGACAUUAUUUUCAUCCAGAAUUGGUCUUCUCAUUUCAGUAGCUUUUCCAGAGAAAAAGUUUUCAGCUUUAAUGGAGUCUUACUUGUGCAUUUAUUCUUUUACUGCUUAUGCUUUUGGUGUUCUAUCAAUAAAUGAAAAAUGUUUCCCAAAUUUAAAGACAGAAGUUUUUCUAUGUUUCCUUCUGAAACUUUAAAGUUUAGUUUUUUUUAUUGAUGUGAAUGAUUCAUAUUUAGUUCAUUUUUGGAAGUUCUUUUUAAAAUAUGGAUACCCAGUUGCUGCAGUGAUACUGACUUAAAUACCUUCUCCACUGAAUUGCUUUUGUAUCCUCAUUGAGGGUCAAUCAUAUGUAUAUGUUUACUUCUGAACUUUAUCUUCUGUUGCAUUUAUCUACUUUAUUUAUGUCAAUCCUUUCAUGUGUUGAAUAAUUUGUUGUUUUAAUAUGCCUUGAAAUCAAGGUCAUGUACUCCUUGGACUUUCUUUUUCAAAGUUGUUAUGGCCAUUCUUAGUCCUUUGCCUUUCCAUGUGAAUUUUAGAAUCCACUUGUGAAUUUGAACAUCCCAAAAACCAACUAGGAUUUUGACUGGAAUUGCAUUUAAUCUUUAAUUUAGAAAGGCAUACUGAGUGUCCCAAUUCAUAAACAUGAUAGCUUCUUUUAUUUAGAUCUUAGAUUAAUUUUUGUUAGCAAUGUUUUUUAGUUUUCUGUUUAUAAGUCUCGUAUGACUUAAACAUCCCCAGGUAUUUUCUACAUAGAAUGAUAUAGUGAAUGGAAACUUUAAAAAAUUUUUUUCAAUUUCUGAAUUUUUCAUAGCUAUUACAGUUAGAUAUUAAACUAAGGAUAGAAACAAUCCUUCUUGAUCUUAUAAACAUCUACAAAGAGUUAUUAGAGGGACUUCCCUGGUGGUGCAGUGGCUUAGAAUCCACCUGCCCUGGUCCGAGAAGAUCCCACGUGCUGUGAAGCAACUAAACCCGUGUACUACAACUACUAAGCCUGCACUCUAGAGCCCAUGAGCCAUGACUACUGAGCCCAUGUGCCACAACUACUGAAGCCUGCAUGCCUAGAGCCCGUGCUCUGCAACAAGAGAAGCCACCACAAUGAGCAGGUCAAGCACCACAACAAAGAGUAACUUCCACUUGCUGCAACUAUAGGAAGCCUGCCUGCAGCAAUGAAGACCCAACACAGCCAAAAUUAAAAAUAAAUAAAUUUAUUUAAAAGAGCUAUUAGAAAUACUAUACCUUUGAUUGAUUAUUAAAAUAUUCAUGUUAGAAUAAAAGAAGGACAGCUGCUUAUUGUUCUGGAGCAGGCCCAGACCAAGAGUACUCCCUGGUGAGUGCCUUGGAAGGGUGGCUGGGUUGGAGCAGCCCAGGCGGGGAACAGUUUAUUGGGGUUUUCUUUUUUGUUUUUAAUUUAUUUGGCUACAUUGGCUCUUAGUUGUGGCAAGCAGGAUAUUCACCGCAGCAUGCAGGAUCUUUUCAUUGCGGUUCAUGGGCUCUUAGUUGCACAGGCUUCUCUAGUUGUGGCCCAUGGGCUCCAGAGCAUGUGGGCUCAGUAGUUGAGGUGCAUGGGCUUAGUUGCCCUGCAGCAUGUGGGAUCUUAGUUCCCUGACCAGGAAUUGGACCUGCGUCCUUUGCAUUGGAAGGCAGAUUCUUAACCACCAGACCACCAGAGCAUUCCUUUUAUUGACUAUUUCUUUUCUCUUUCUUUUUAAAAUUAAUUUAUUAAAUUUAUUUUUGGCUGCGCUGGGUCUUGUGGCUGUGUGUGGCCUUUUCUCUAGUUGCAGCGAGCAGGGGGUACUCUUUGUUGUGGUGGCUUUUCUUGUUGCAGAGCACACACAGGCUUUAGGCAUGAGGGCUUUGGUAGUUGCAGCAUAUGGGCUCAGUUGCGGCACGUGGGCCCUAGAGCACAUGGGUUUCAGUAGUUGCAGGGUGUGGGCUCAGUAGUUGUGGCACAUGUGCUUAGUUGCUCCACCACAUGUGGGAUCUUCCUGGACCAGGGAUUGAACCUGUGUCCCCUGCAUUGGCAGGCAGAUUCUUAACCACUGGACCACGAGGGAAGUCCUAUUGGCGUUUUCUUAAGCAGUACUUUAGGGAAAAUUUAUCCCACAUUUAACACUUAUAGAAAAAAAUGUGUCAAAUCAAGGAACUCAGAUUCCACCUUCAGAAACUAGGAAAAGAAAAGAGAAAUCCAGAGAAAGCAGAAGAAAUUAAUAUCAAAUCAAAUAUGAAUGCCCUACAACUACUGAGCCUGUGCUGUAGGGCCUGCCUGCUGCAACUUCUGAAGCCCAUGCACCUAGAGCCCAUGCUCCAAAACAAAGAGAAGCCAGUGCAAUGAGAAGCCUGUGCACCACAAUGAAGAGUAGCCUCUGCUCACCACAACUAGAGAAAGCCUGUGCUUAGCAACAAAGACCCAACACAGCCAAAAAUAAAAUUUAUUAAAAAAAACAAAAAACAAAAAAAUAAAACUAACAACAAAAAACAACCCAAUCGAGAAAUGGACAAAAUGGGAAUUCCCUGGCAGUACAUAGGUGGCCAACAGGCACAUGAAAAGAUGCUCAACAUCACUAAUUAUUAGAGAAAUGCAGAUGAAAACUACAAUGAAGUACCACGUCACACUGGUCAGAAUGGCCAUCAUCAAGAAGUCUACAAAUAACAUGCUGGAGAGGGUGUGGAGAAAACGGAAGCCUUCUACACUGUUGGUGGGAAUUAAAUUUGUGCAGCCACUGUGGAGAACAGUAUGGAGGUUCCUUAAAAAACUAAAAAUAAGAGCUGUCAUAUGAUCCAACAAUCCCACUCCUGGGCAUACAUCUGGAGAAAACUCUAAUUGGAAAAUAUAGUGCACUGCUAUGUUCAUAGCAGCACUAUAUACAAUCACCAGGGCAUGGAACCAACCCAAGUGUCCAUCUAUAGAUGAAUGGAUAAAGAUGUAUAUAAGUUAGGAGUAUGGGAUUAACAGAUACACACCACUAUAUAUAAAUAGAUAAACAAUAGGAUUUACUGUAUAGCAUAGUGAACCAUAUUCAUUAUCCUGCAAUAACUUGCA